AUGAGAGUUAGUAUAAUGCGUUCAAUGAUACUUCUAAUCUUUCUACAUCAUUUAAAUGCUGAGGUCAUCAAAAUUCCACUCUAUCCGACGACCAGAGUUAAGUCGAUGCUGGGUCACUACAACGCAUUAUACAAAUGGCUACAUAGAAAAUGGAUGAAUGUUUGGACAGACGAAUACACACCGACGUCCGAGUAUUUGGACAAUUUUGAAAAUUUUCAGUACUACGGUGAGGUGUUUGUUGGGACUCCACCUGAAAAGUUUACUGUCCAAUUCGAUACGGGCUCAACUGAUGCAUGGUUCCCUUCAAGGAAAUGUUGGUUUCUUGAUGUUCCAUGUUGGUUUUUUCGAUUUUAUGACAACUCAAAAUCAUCCACGUAUCAACCGAAUGGUACCAGAUUUGAAGUGAACUAUUUGAUGGGUAGCUUCUCGGGAUUUUGGAGCAUGGAUACAAUCCAGAUAAACUCCCUAGUUAUUAGAAACCAAGCAUUUGGUGAAGUAACAAGCAUAUUCAACACUGAUUUCAUCAGCCAAAAAUACGACGGAAUAAUCGGGAUGUCAUGUAGAAGUGUGUCAAGAUAUGGAAAUAUUCCUUUUUUUCCAAAUAUAAUUGCAACAACAGCUGAGAUGGAUCCAGUGUUUUCGUUCUACUUAAGUCGACGAAAUGGCGCUCCUGUUGGUGGAGAGUUGGUUCUGGGUGGUGUUAAUCCUGAAUAUAUCGAAGGAGAUUUUGAAAACCUAUCUGUUAUUUAUGAAAAUCAAUGGGCUGUGAAGAUGAGAAGAGCAAGCGCAGAGCAGAUCAUCUUGCCUUUACUACCAAAGUUUACUUAAACUAAGCGGAGAGUAUAAUACUUGUAGUCAUAGAUAGAAUGUAUUCAAAGUGACGUCUUUGCAACGGAAAGGUAUCUAGAGAUCUGAAGUGUGUUACACGUAACUCAUAUUGCCAAAUGACUGCUUUAUAAUGGCUAGUUCCUGCAUUCGAUCCUCUCUUAUAUAAGACUGAAUUAUUCACGUGUGUGGUAUUCGGGUGCUAUGAUUGACACGCAUACGUCAAUCUUUUCACCACAUGACAUGAAUUCUUUUACUCUACUGGCAAUGCUGAACAAAUAAACGGAAGUUUCCACCCGGCAUAAAGAUGACAAUAAUAAUAAUUUCCAAAUACUAAAAGUGGUUGGCAAAAAGCUUAUAAAUGAAUUGCUUGGACGAAUGGUGAUUAACCUGCGAUUAACCCUAAAAUUUGUAAUAAUUCCACAACCGAAAAAUACUGAACUUCACAAAUAUAAACAUAGAUCUUAACACAAAAACCAGCAUCUUAAAUGUAAACAUACACACUGGAUACACACACCUCAUAUAACAACCCAGAAUACCUUAGACCAAAGUGAUUUCACGUGUUGUAAUAUAUGAAGAGAAGAGCGCAUUUUAAAAAAAAUACCACACCACACAGUUUCUUAUCAAAUGCAUAUCAAUGCACAUUGUGAUGAAUAACUGUGACUACAAGUGAAACGAAUUUCAGUUACUGGUUUCAAAUGUUUUUCACAUAUUUAGUAUGAAAAUUAAUGGCAUGGAAUUUUGCAAUGAGACAUGUGUGGCUGUCAUAGAUACCGGAACAUCUUUGCUCCUGGGUUCUCAGAAAGUGGCUGACAGAAUCAAUUCCCUACUUGGCGCAACACUCAGUCAUGAUGGAGACUACCUGCUUAAUUGUGAUGCUCUGGAAAAGCUGCCUCCUAUCGAGUUUGUCCUCAGGAAGAGGAAAUAUGUGUUUGAGGCGAAGGACUAUGUAGUUAAGGACUCCGGAUGGUUGUUUUCAAAUUGCCUGUCACCCUUCAGUGGUGAUGACAAUUUACCAGAUGGACUUCUCAUUCUAAUUCCAAAUAUGACGACAAUUAAGCCGACCGACGACCACGGCGGAGAGAUGACAAAUAUCGCCUUCUGAUCUCUGGAGCAUCCCUAAAUUGUGGUGGACGACACCGAAGAAAUAACAUUCAAGUAACCCGUGAUUAUCUAUGACAUUGACAAUACUAUUUUGUGCUAUAACGUAUGACUUUUCACACGCGUGUAUCGUAAAAUCCAUCUUUCUUGUAAACUAUAUGUAGUUUGUCAUUUUGGUUUACUUGACAUUCUUUGGGUCCACUGCAGAACUUAAUUGAAUACCAUUUACUGCCCACG